AUGGAGCCCUUACCAAAACCAACUCUGCUGUCCGAUUCAGAACCACCACCAUACCAUCUUCACCCACCCAUCUACAUUCAACUCCAAGACAUACCCGACGACCUCCAGCUGGAAGCCCAACCGCUCAACAGUAAUAACAACAACAGACACCUACGCAUGACUCCCGUCGCUCGAGCUUUGACAGCUUUAUUCCUCACCGUCGUUGGCACAGGCGUGUGUGCAGCGUUCAUCAUCUCGUUCUUUGUGACCCGCCACGGUCAGCUCUUAUAUCGCACGCCACCCGGUUCAUUUAUACGCGCCGUCGUCUUCAGUUCUUCCCACGUGGGCAUCGUCUUCGGCACCCGCUUCCUGAUUUUCCUGCUGCACUACGGAGAAUACCAGAUUAUCAUCAUCAGCACAAUAAGUAUUGUCCUGGCUAUUGUCUUACGUCUUCUCGACCUGGCAAUUGACGGCGAGCUGUACCUCGGCGUCGACUACAAGGGACGCAUCUUCAACGUAAGCCAGACAAAAUUCGCAGGCCCGAUGCCAAAACAGCAAAUGGUCCCAGUGGACCCUGAGCCGAACACGAUGGGUCGUUUCCAUCCCUCAAGGUUAUCUCUCGCGGCCAAGUUGGGGAUUGGUUUUGGCAUCGCCGGCGUCGUGACUCGUGAUCCUCGUUAUGCUUGUCAGGUUGUUCUGCUAUUUGUUACUGCCAGUAACGAAGUUGCUUCGACCGAAGUUUUGGAGAUUCGGCCGAAGGAGGCGGACUCGCAGGAGUUGGAUCCAGACAACGGAGCACACAAGGUGGUGUAG